AAGGCGGACUCUUUUCUCUUGUCUACUUUGUUCUCGGUGGCUGUCUGGAUUCUCUGUGGAUCAUUUCAAAUCCAACAAGGCCUCUUGGCAAACAGCGACUGGGAAAAUAGAAAAUGGUUGAAACUCGUGCAAUGCGUGCCCAUCGAAUAUUGGGAGAGAAAUGGAAUCAGAUAGAAUCUACGAAAGACGUCUUCGUCGACAUCCUCUCCCGGUUCUCUGCAGAGUCUCUUCAGUCCUAUAAGAGUGUCAGCAAGUACUGGCAUAAGUCAAUUAGCAAUAAGGAGUUCACUAAUAUGCAGCUAAGCCGAUCACAGGAGACUCCUUUCUAUAUAGCCUGUCUUCAGUUGGAUACAGAUAUGGUGCUGUACCUGAUGAAGCCCAGGGAAACGGUCAGUCACCAAUUCGUUACGAUUCCAGGCAGCAGCAAAGGCGGAAAUCUGAACAUGGUGUGUUCUUUCAAUGGAUUGAUAUGCUGCAUCAACGAUCCAGCAGAGGACGAAGAAGAUGUCCUUUUGCGGGACCUUGAAAUCCGCAUCUGCAAUCCCGCCACUGGAGAUUCACUACUUCUUCCUCAGGGCACUCCAUCUCUUGACAAAGAUCCGAGCAUUGGCGUAGGGUACGGCCCCGAUAUCAGCGACUACAAAGUUUUCCGCAUAUUUUGCGUUGGAAUGAAAGAACCUGGAGAGUACCAUGAACUUGAAGAAGGUGACGAAGUGGACCUGGAUGGAUCUUCUGAAAUGUACCUUUAUGAAUGCGAAGUCUAUUCAUCUAGCACUGGUUCAUGGAGAGGCAUAGGUCAAGUGCCUCGAAUUCCGAUGCGUAUUUUCAGUAGCACACAUGUAUCUACUCAUGUUUUUGUCGGAGGGAAGAUCUAUUGGCUAGUCGCUUCUAAGUACUCCGACACUCCGGGUUGUGUUCUAUGUACCGACAUGGAAGGAAACUUCAAACUUUUCAGGUUACCCGAUUAUGGCGUGACCUAUCACGAAGAAGAAGGAAUCUCCCCGCACACCUUUCUGAUAAACUUGAAAGGAUCUCUAUGCCUAGUGGUUGUACAUUUGCAAGACUUGGCUGUGUGGAUAUUGAAAGAAGAGGACGGUGAACCUGACUGGGAAUUGGAGCAUGAUAUUAUUCACUGUUUCGAAGUUGAAGAUGUCAUUAGGGCUGCAACUUCGUGCGGCGAUACCUUAUUGUUCGUGACUCAAGAUCAUUGGUAUAGGUACGAUUUCGGUCUCAAGACCUGGAAAAUGGAAAGCCCUUGUGUCGAGUUUUUCAUCCCGAUCGCUUUCCCUUAUACCGAAAGCCUUCUUCCAUGCAACGGAGGCGUGGACCCCGGAAGAAUGUGAAAGAAGAAGAAGAAGAAGAAGAAGAAGAGAAUGAUGAUUUCUGGGUUUUGUUUCUGGAGAUGAAUGAAGAGGUCACCCAUCUUCAAGUCUUUCUUUUUGUCUGCUGCUCACAUCCAUGGAUGGAACCAUCAUUCAUCUCCAGAAGCCUUCUUGAACUCAUCGUUUAUUGCAGCAGUGACAUGUUUUUUUUUUUUUUAAAAUGGGAUUUUCAGUUACAUUUUCAUGUCUUUUUUUUCCGGUUUAGGAUGUUGGGAUUUCGUGUCCGGUACAAUUUCUUCUCUGCAACUUCGGCUUUUAAGACUCAUUUCAUAUUCUCAGGAAAUAAA